AUGAACAAUAAAGUUAUUACUUGUGUCGAUUAUUUUCCAAAACAGUAUAGUGGUCAAUGUCGUAUUUAUUCAUAUCCAUACACAAUGAAUUAUUAUCGUAAAAUUACAAAUAAGUUUCCAGGUGGAUUAUUUAAAUAUGUUUGCGAAGUAUCAUUAUUUGAUGAAAGUUCUUUUAAACAUGAAUUUUUUCUUCGAAUUGCUCAAUCAUUUCCAUUUCUUAAAGCAUUAUCUGUAAAUAAUCGGAUACCUCAAAAGUAUAAACAAUGUCGAACAUCAAAUGAUGACAAUCAAGAUCCUUUAAUUAUUAAAUAUUUUCAUCUUAUCGAUCUUACCCUUCUGUGUGUUCACGCUGAUUAUGUUGAGCAAUUUCUUGAUCCUACUAAAACAUCUAUUUUGAAUAAUAUCUCACUUUAUGUUGAUUAUUAUCGUCUACGAAAAGCGACACACAAUUUCAAACGAAAUGAUAUGCGAAUCAAUUGUUCUAAGGUGACUAAUUUACGUCUUUUUGGCAGUUUUCAAAUUUCUAAACAUUUCAAAGCUUAUUUUCCUAAUGUAAAACAUCAAUGA